CAGACAGAGCCGAAAGCAAAGGCAGCGUCCAGAGGCGUCGCUGCUGCUCUUAGUCCCGCUUCUCUUAGGUGGAGCGGCUUGCUGCACAGUCCCCUCCUUUUCUUCCUUCUCCACAGAAGCCGCAAGCAUCCAUGGCGGGCUUGGAGGUUCUCUUCGCGUCGGCCGCGCCGGCCAUGACCUGCCCGCAGGACGCACUCGUCUGCUUCCUGCACUGGGAAGUGGUGACAAACGGCUACUAUGGCUUGGGCACCGGCGACCAGCCAGGUCCCAAUGAUAAGAAGUCAGAACUACUGCCAGCUAAGUGGAACAGCAAUAAAGAACUGUAUACCCUCCGGUAUGAGUCUAAGGAUGGAGCCAGGAAACUCCUUCUGAAAGCUGUCUCUGUGGAGAAUGGCAUGAUCAUCAAUGUGCUGGAACAUGGCACACAGCAGGUGGCAGACUUGACUCUGAACUUAGAUGAUUAUAUUGAUGCAGAAGACCUGAGUGAUUUCCACAGGACCUAUAAGAACAGUGAGGAGCUUCGGUCUCAGAUCAGAUCUGGAAUUAUCACACCUAUCCAUGAGCAGUGGGAGAAGGCUCGUUCAAGCAGUCCCCCUCGAGAGUUCCCACCUGCCACUGCCAGAGAGGUGGACCCACUCCGGAUUUCCUCACACCAUCCUCAUACUAGCCGGCAGCCUACUUGGCGUGAUCCCCUGAGCCCAUUUGCUGUCGGGGGAGAAGACCUAGACCCUUUUGGGUGUCAGAGAGGUGGCAUGAUUGUGGAUCCCCUGAGAUCUGGCUUCCCAAGAGCACUUAUUGACCCAUCCUCAGGCCUCCCAAACCGGCUUCCUCCUGGUGCUGUGCCCCCAGGAGCUCGCUUUGACCCCUUUGGACCCAUUGGGACCAGCCCAUCUGGACCUAAUCCUGACCAUCUUCCCCCACCGGGCUACGAUGACAUGUACCUGUGAAGGCCUCAAGAAUGUAACAUCUCAGCCUCCCUUUUACUCUCCAGGAGCUACCACCACUGAUCCCAUCAGCGUCUGUGUUCUUGUGGGCUUGGGGCAGAGGAGUCUGCCCAUGUGUUUGCAGGCCUGCUGGGGUUGCAUCCCCAGCCCUUGUCAGAGCCGAGGUGCCUGCUGCAGCACCCCACCAAGCUGCAUAUAGGUCCCAAGGAAAAAUUAGUGUGUCUCAAUCACCAGCUCCUCCCCACUUCCAAGGGAGACUCCGGCAACAUCAACCCUCUACCCGAUGCAGUCGCGGUCACAGCACUAUAAGAACAGAACGCAUUUUGGAUGUUAUUAUUAAGAACCAAAUGUCAAUACAGAAUUCAUGUUGCCGGUUUUCCACUCUCCUUUUUAUGUUAAUGUACAAACUCUUAAGAGUUUGAUACUUCAUAGGACUACAGAAUUCCUACAAGGGCAUUCUUCUCAAGCACCCCCUCUUUCACAAAUUACUCUUGCUCCUGACAUCACUAAGAUGAGCUCUCCCCUCCUCCCCCCAGCUGACAGGCAUUGGCAGUGCUCUUCCGCUGUGCUAGAGAGCUGGAAAGAGCAUGACAGAGUAACCAUGCCAGGAGACACCACGUCAAAGCGCUAAGUGCUUCGUUCCACAGCCAGCAGCCCAACCAUGUGUGGCUCUGGGAUAGAUGAGUAGAUAGACUGAACUGACAACCAGGGCCAGUCUAAGGGGGAGGCUGGACCUGGGGGUCAAGCUAGCAUGAGCAGUCUCCCUAGCUGUUGAAGGAUCCCGUGGGUCAGACACUGACCACCUAGAAGCUGUAGAACAUUCUGUGCUCUGAAGCCACAGACCAGGCAGAGACAAAGACAAGACAUUCAUUGUGCAUCAGCUUCAUCCUUGAGGGCUGGCAGAUGGGAUGUUUGGGUUUUGUUGGUAGUUGGGCACCUGCAAAAGAGCUUAGGGCACUUUGCUCAUUAAAGCGUCCUUUAUUUAUGCAAGGAAGCAUUUGAAGGACCAGUGGCUAGAAUUCUCCAGAUAGGUUUGGGAAGGUAGAUAACUGGGACUGAUUUAAGGAAAAGAUAAAAAUGGAAACAUUUUCCCAUUGGGCUUUUUAGUAGCAAAGGUAAAAAGAUAGUCAUAUAUUAGUUCUUUUUUUCUACAGAUAAAAGGCACAGUGUUUUUGGAGAAAGGGCUGGUUUGAUUUGGUUUUGUUCCUAUAAGUCUCCUUACAUAAUAGCUGUGAGAAACACAGUAUCAUCGAUGUGGGAAGCCUUGAAUGGUGCCUCCAGGAACUUAUGGUCAAGCUGAUCCAGGAACUUGCUUGGGUCUCUGUCCCCCCUCCUAGCUGUGUAUAGCCAGCAGCAAAAGGGAAUGUUUCAGGUGUAUGUCCUAUAGAACCUCCAAAUUGGAGCCUUUUCAGUAAACAAAUAGCACCUUACAACCUGUUUUUUUUUAAAAAAUAGCUUUAUUAAGAGAAUUUACAUAACCAUGAAAUUUACUCUUUUAAAGUACACAACUCAGUGGGUUGUGGGGUAUUCACAAUGCUGUACAUCCAACCCCAGAUUCCUCCAAAAGAAAUAUCCCUACUGGCAGUCACUCCCAUUUUCCCUCCCCCAGCCCAGGCAACCCCCACUCUGUUUGCAUAUUCUGGACAGUUUUCAUAAGUGACAUCACUCAAUGUGUGGCCUUUGUGUCCAGCGUUUUCCCCUUUUCUGUCUUCACUGUUCAUGUGAUUGUAGCAUCAACAUUUUCUGUAGCUGUACAAUCAUGGUAUAGCUAUGUCAUAUUUGUUAAUUUAUCAGUUCAUGGAUACUUGGAUUGUUUUUCCUUUUUGCUUGUUAAGUUCAAUGCUGUUAACAUUCAUAUACAAGGUGGGUUUUGUUGUUGUUUUGCAUGGGCAGAUGUUUUCAAGUCAUUGAAUGUAUCUGGAAUGGAUUUUCAGGGUCCCAUGAUAACACUUUAUAUUUUUUGAGAAAUUGCCAGUGUUUUCCAAGACAGCCACACUAUUUUCGUACCA